UGGCUGGCUGUGGCUACUGAGCCUGUUUCUCUCUCCCUGCCCAGGUCCGCGUGCUGUGUGUGGCGCCCCCCGUCCCUUAGGAUGAGUAACUGCAGCAGCCGCGCGCUGACGCUGCUCAGUAGCGUGUUCGGGGCCUGUGGGCUGCUGCUGGUUGGCAUCGCCGUCAGCACCGACUACUGGCUUUACAUGGAGGAGGGCAUCGUGCUGCAGCAGAACCAGACCACCGAGAUCAAGAUGGCGCUGCACGCCGGGCUCUGGAGGGUCUGCUUCUUCGCCGGCCGGGAGAAAGGCCGGUGCGUGGCAUCAGAGUACUUCCUGGAACCCGAGAUAAACCUGGUGACGGAAAACACGGAGAACAUCUUGAAGACAGUUCGCACGGCUACCCCUUUCCCCAUGGUCAGCCUCUUCCUUGUCUUCACGGCCUUCGUCAUCAGCAACAUCGGCCACAUCCGGCCACAGAGAACCAUCCUGGCCUUCGUCUCUGGCAUCUUUUUCAUCCUCUCUGGCCUGUCUCUCGUGGUGGGGUUAGUUCUCUACAUCUCCAGCAUCAACGACGAGGUGAUGAAUCGGCCCAGCGGGUCGGAGCAGUAUUUCCACUAUCGCUACGGCUGGUCCUUCGCCUUCGCAGCCUCCUCCUUCCUCCUCAAAGAGGGCGCCGGCGUGAUGUCCGUGUACCUGUUCACCAAGCGCUAUGCGGAGGAGGAGAUGUACCGUCCUCACCCAGCCUUCUACCGCCCGCGCCUGAGCGAUUGCUCUGACUACUCGGGCCAGUUCCUGCACCCGGAGGUGUGGCACCGCGGGCGCAGCCCCUCCGACAUCUCCAGCGACGUCUCCAUCCAGAUGACCCAGAAUUACCCCCCUGCUAUCAAGUACCCUGAGCACAUGCACAUAUCCACCUCGCCCUGCUAGGCCAACCCCCCCGACCAUCUCCCACCGGGGCCUGCCAGCUGCUCCCACCCCAGAGACUCCGCGGAGUGGGGCCCACCCAUAGAUCACAGACGGGGUGCUACUGGACUGAAACCUCUCCUUGUCCCCCCUUUCUCGUUCCCUCUGCACCAUCUCUGGAGGCCUCCCCAAUUUGGCCAUUUUGGCAGGAUUCCUGACAGGAAGUCACCCUGUUGGCCAUUUUGAUAGCUAUGGGAAGGUGGUGAGAUUCCCAGGAGGAAAUCACCCCGUCGGCCAUUUUGGUCACUGCAGGAUUCCCAACAGGAAGUUACCUUUUCGGCUAUUUUGGUAGCCAUGGGAACGUGGCAAGAUUGCCGAUAGGAAGUAACCUGUUGGCCAUUUUGGCUGCCAUGGGCAGGUGGCAGGACUCCCGACAGGAAGUCACCCCAUCGGCCAUUUUGGUUGCCACAGAAAGGUGCCGGGAUUCCCAACAGGAAGCCACCUGUCAGCCAUUUUGUUUGUCAUCAUAGGGCCAGCUCCAGAUACUUUUUUUGUCCCCACAGGGGCCAAUUCCUAACAGGAAGUGAUCCCUCCCUGCUCCAAGCUCUUCCUCCCAGAUCCUGACAGGAAGUGGCUCCUCUGACAUCUUUUUUGCCCCAUAAUGGCCAACCCCGGUUAGGAAACUGCCCAUCUGCCAUUCUGGUUGUCAUUGUACCAGCUCCCCUUGGUAUGGAUCCUGAGAAGAAAUGUCUCCUAAUGCCAUUUUCCUCAGUUCCAGAAUGGCCAACCCUGACAGGAAGUCACUUGUCAGCCAUUUUCCUUGUUGUCAUGCCAGUCCCUUCCCCCGCAGAUCAUGAGAGGAAAUGGUUUCUCCGCCACCUUUGCUGCCCCACAAUGGCCAACCCUGACAGGAAGUCACUCAUCAGCCAUUUUCCGUGUUGCUGCACUGGUCCCUCCCGCACUCCCCCACCCCCAGAUCCUGAGAGGAAAUAGCUCCUCCGCCAUCUUUGUUGUUUUCAAAAUGAACCAGAUGGGGGAACCGCGUCAGCAAAUGGGGACACAGAGAAGGGCCCAGGCCACUUUCUUCCCUCGGAAGCAAACCCAACCCAGAGAGAUGACUCAAGGGGAGCUGAAAAUAUAGGCACCAACGUCCGUCCGGCUAAAGCAACGGCGGCGGCUGGCUGCCAACACCUCGCCCUCAGAGACCCGCUCCCCCCUCAACCGCCAGAUGGGGGCCCCGUCUCUUUGUCUUCCCUCCAAAGAACGUUCGAAGAAGCCCUUUUCUUAGCAAGCGUGGGCCAUGUUAACCCAGUUUGAGGCCAGCUGCCCCCAUGCUCUGCAUUGAUCUUUCCUUUCUUUCUAUUUGCUUUCUUCUUCCAGUCUCGCCACCUUUUUUCUUUUCCAUUUCCUGGCUCUUUCCUUCUUCCUUUCACUGCACUCUUUCUUUUGUCCCUUUUCUCUUUCGUUUCCAUUUGCAAGUUUUCUUUGAUUCCUUCCUCUCUCUGCACUCUUUCGUCCAUUCCUUCUUUUGUUCAUUUCUCGGCACUUCUUCUCUAUUGAUUUUCUUUAUAUGUCCAUCUACAGGUCCCUUCCCCACCCCCCUUUUGUUUUCCUCUUCCUUUCUCUACCCUCUUUUGUUCUUUCUCUGUUAGUUCCCUUCUCUUUUAGCCACCUCCGCAUGCUGGGGUGUAUCUCGGGCUGCAUUUCUUUUGCCACGGUGACUGUGUUUGUAGAGGGGAAGGUGUCUCCAUCCAUGCAGAAACGAGGAAGGAGCAAAUAUAGCCGGAGGAGGAGAAAAAUGCCAGUGGAGAGGAGGAGGAAAGGGAAAUAGGGGAGAGGGAAACGAGAGAGUGAAGGGAAGGUGGAGAGAAGAGAAACGAGGCUGAGGGAGGUGAUGGAGGAAAGAAGAGGGGGUAGGUUAUAGAUACCUGGGCCUUCAGGGAUGGAGCAGUGCGGGGAACUGGAAUCACAGGUGGGUUUAGGCACCUCCUGCUGGCUGGGUCCUGCCAGGACCCAGGACCCUUGCUGUGGACUUGGUUGGUACUGUUCGGUCCCUGUCCCGUGUGGGUAUUUUUGUGGGCUCCUUUGGCAAGGUCAUCUGUACCUGACUUUGUGCGCUUCCCCACGGCAGUGCCUCCCAGCCAGGGAGCUAAAGGAGAAUCACCCUCCUCAUCUCUUGUCAUGAUGUUGGGACUAUGACAUACAGAGGAGCUGUUCUAAUGGCAUCCAGCAGAGGGUGGUAUAUGCUGGGUGGGACCCAGCUGUAGGAGGGGGAUGAGGUCUAGUGGUUAGAGCAAGGGGGCUGGGAGUCAGGACUCCUGGGUUCUAUCCCUGGCUCUGG